GGAAGAAAGGAGAAUCAAUAAUUUACAAACGCCUUUCAGCAGAACUGCACUUCUGGACUUUGGUUCAGUUGUUCAGAGCUCGGGCGGAGAAGGCGAGAGAACGAGCUAAGUUUGCUUCUGCAUUCUUCAGAGCUCUGAAUCUCCACCAUUUUCUUUUCCUUCUCAGAGGGGGGGAAACCGUCUUGGCAAUGGAUUCCGUGUUCGUUAGAGCCUACCGAAGUCAUGUUGUAGGUGGGAUUGGAAGCGGCUGGACAAAUCGUGACGUCAACAAUGUUUGGCUUCCAAGUCCAAGGCCUGGAGCACUGAAGAUUUUUAAGAGGUCCAGUUGUGUGGAGUCUGAAUCUAAAUCAUAUCAUGUUGAAUGUGUCUUUAGAAGACAUUGGGAAGGAUACACCUUCUGUCAGAAGAAAGACAACCGAAUUCAAAUUAGAAGUGCAGCCUCUAAUCAGCCUUUUGAAUCAGAAUCGGAAGUUUUACAUUCCAAAAAUUAUGUUGACUCUGUAAAGAGUUUCUUGGAUGCUUUCUAUAGGUUUUCACGGCCACACACAGUUAUUGGUACAGCAUUGAGCAUUGUAUCAGUUUCUCUACUAGCCGUUGAGAAACUAUCAGACUUGUCACCAUUAUUUUUAACUGGGGUGUUGGAGGCUAUAGUUGCUGCCCUCUUCAUGAAUAUUUAUAUUGUAGGUCUGAACCAAUUAUUUGACAUCGAAAUAGACAAGAUUAACAAGCCAUAUCUUCCAUUAGCAUCGGGAGAAUAUUCUUUUGGAACUGGCGUUGCAAUUGUCUUCACGUUUUCUAUCCUGAGUUUUUGGCUGGGAUGGGUUGUUCGUUCAUGGCCAUUGUUUUGGGCACUUUUGAUCAGCUUUAUUCUUGGGACUGCUUAUUCCAUUGAUGUGAGUGGAGUGAGGCCUUGGGGGAGGUUCGUUGUUUCAGAUCUUCUUUGUUUGGUGCACUUAUAUGUUUGGGGAUUGACUAAUAUGUAUCAAUGUUUACAGACUCACGUGUUCCAAAGACCUCCUGUCUUUUCACGUUCCCUGAUCUUUGCAACUGCAUUUAUGAGUUUCUUCUCGGUUGUUAUAGCAUUAUUUAAGGAUAUACCAGAUAUUGAUGGAGAUAAGAUAUUUGGCAUCCGUUCUUUUACAGUACGUCUAGGGCAAGAGCGGGUGUUUUGGAGUUGUAUUUCCUUACUUGAAGUAGCAUAUAGUGCUGCCGUUGUAGUGGGAGUUGCAUCUUCCUCCCCAUGGAGUAAAUGGCUAACGGUUGUUGGACACAUCACUUUGGCUUCAGUUCUUUGGAUUCGUGCCAAAUCAGUUGAUCUGAAGAGCAAAGCUGCCAUAACAUCCUUUUACAUGUUUAUAUGGAAGCUUUUCUAUGCUGAGUAUUUGCUGAUACCGUUUGUUAGGUGAGGGGCUGAGCAAGAAUGUGAUUAGGUAGAGUGUGUAUUGUACAAACUCCUUGAUAGAAAUGGAGUAAGUACGUUUCUGUUAAAUUUCCAAGUCACAAAAGCAAUCCAUUAGCAAUCUCCAAUUUGAAUAAUUAGAUGAUUAUCUUCGUAACAUUUUAACUUUGGGACUGACAUUGCAAAAGAGGUUGAUAGGGAGAAUA